AUGAACAAAAACUACUUGAGUGUUGAGAAAGGACAUAUUCCAUCUUUUUCAUCUACUGAUGAACUUAUGCAAUACAUCAAAACAAAUUCAUCAAGUGCUCAAGGGAAGUAUCAAGGGCUUAAAUCUAUGUGCUCAAUUGAAGAUUCUGAAAAUGAGGGGAGAUCUUUCAAUCAAAAUGAUCGUUAUGUUAGUCAAAAUAUGUCAAGACCUUCUGCUGAUCAAGGAUGGCGAACAAUGAAUAAAAAGUUUUUGGCUUUUGAGAAAGAGCAUAUGCAAGCUGAUGUUCCAAUUUCUCUUUCUACUGAUGAUGUUAUGGAGUCCACCCCAACAUUUGAAACAAGUUUUUCUCAAGGAUUGAGAACAACAAAUAAAACUUCCUUGGCUCAUGAGAAUGAGAGUUUGCAUUAUGAUAUUCCAAUUUCUCCUAUUGAUCAAGUUAAACAGUCUGCCCAAACAGCUGAAACAAGUUCAUGUGUUACUUGAAUGGAUAAAAAAGUUCGAGGAAGUAACAAGUGCAAAGAAGUUGCAUCGCUUGAUAUUGGACAAAAGCUAAA